CACUCUUCCAUUUCAACCCCACUCCUCCUCCUCCUCCUCGUCAAAUACUACCAAUGCAGACAGUUGUGGUGACUGGCGCCGGCGGCUAUAUUGCUUCGCAUGUCGUGCAGCAGCUGCUUUUGCGCGGCGACGUCAAAGUGCGCGGCACGGUGCGCUCAACGACUGACGAGGCCAAGGUUGGCUUCCUCAAGCGGCUGGAAGGCGCUUCUGAGCGGCUCGAGCUGUUUGAGGCCGAUCUCAUGAAAGCCGGCUCCUUUGACACUGCCAUCAAGGACUCGGAUAUCGUGCUGCACAUGGCGUCGCCAUUCCUGCUGUCGGACAAGAUCAAGGAUCCGCAGCGCGACGUCAUCGACCCUGCGCUGAUGGGCACGCGGAAUGUGCUCGAGGCCGUCAACCGCGCGCCCACUGUCAAGCGCGUCGUGCUCACCUCGUCGCAGAUGGCCGUGCACGGCGACUUUGCAGACCGCUCGGAAGGGUGCAAGGGCGGCCACACAUUCACCGAGAGCGACUGGAAUGAAUCGAGCUCGAUCGAGCACCAGCCGUACGGCUACAGCAAGACCAUUGCCGAGCGCGAGGCGUGGAUGAUGGUCGGACAACAAACCCGCUGGCAGCUCGUUGUGAUCAACCCUUCGUUCGUGCUGGGCCCUACUUUGAGCGGACGAAACGACUCGAGCUCCAUCUCCUUCAUGAUCAACUACCUGGACGGCACUCGCAAGUCGGGUGUGCCAAACCUCGGCCUUGGUAUUGUUGACGUUCGCGACGUUGCUCGCGCUCACAUUGAGGCUGCGUUCAACCCGGCGGCCAGCGGUCGCUACAUUUGCUGCAACAAGACGAUGACGAUGCUGCAGUUGGCCAACGCGCUGCGCGACAACUAUGGCAAGUACCCUCUGCCCUCCACCCAGCUGCCAAAGUUCCUCAUCUACCUUGUGGGUCCCAUUCUCGGUGGGCUGUCGUGGAAGUACAUUAGCCGCAACGUUGGCGUUCCGCUGAUUCUCGACAACUCCAAAAUCCGUCGCGAGCUCAACAUUGAGUUCCGAGACGAAAACCAGACUUUGAACGAGAUGGCUGCCAGUGUGCUCGAACACAAGCUGGUUGCCGAGCGCAAGUAGAUGGAUGUGUGCGAACGGUGAUUUUUUUGUUUGUUUUGUUUGUGGUUCUGGCCUUGCAGCUUGCAGGAUGAAUGCUGCUUUUGAAAUGCUACUAUUUGAAAUGCUGUUGGUGUAU